AUGUCGUCAAGCAAAGGUGGUGAAACCAACAACGCCGCCGGCGCUGACGCAUCAUCUCCUCAACUGUCCCGUAAUAGCCGAACGUUUCUUCGAACGAAGCUACAAAAACGUGCGAAAAAGAACAGCAAUGAGGGAAAGGGGGACAGUAGCGGUGGUGCCAAAUUUCAGAAACGUAGUCUGCAGUGCUUGAAGAAGUUCACCUGCCCAGUUUGUCGGAUGAAGGGUGCCGUUCGCAUUGAUGUAAACGCGAAGGAGCAGCAGGCGGUAGUAUCAUGUAGCUAUUGCAUGCAACUGAAGCCGCGGCCCGUUGAUUUACCGUACCCUUUCACAACAUCGUUUCUGCCAAAACUGCAGAACCGUGCCGAUGUUUUCUUUGAGUUUAACGAGUUGUAUCGCAGAUUGCAACUACAAGCGAACUCCAUUGAGUGUGCUGGGGAAGACGUUUCAGGUCUUAAUACCAGUCACCUCCUGAGGGAUGGUGUGUUAGGCCUCACUGGUUUGGCAACCGGUGGCGUAACGAACGAAAAUAAUGAAUGUGAGGAGGGAAACGAUUACGAGGAGGGCGGUGAUUACGAGGAAGAUGCUAGUGAUGAUGAUGAAACUGUUGCAAUCGGAUGUGGUAAUGAAGCGACUGUAAACGUGGCAGAGGAGGAAACGGUUACCAGCGACGUCGCAGUGGACGACGUUAAUGCAUUCUUUGACGAAAGUGACUAG